GGAUAUUUCCACAAUCUUUUGAAAAUGCAGCAGUGCACAGUUAACUGCAGCCUUAUCACCGGAAACAGUGCAAUGGGACAGUGCUGGCGUCAGCAGCAAGAACAUCAUUCUCAAUGUGGGCCAGUGCUCUGAAGAACAUGUUUUGAAAUGCACAUUCAAGGCCUGUGAUCCUGAACAAACAGGAGAGGUAUCUGUUUUCCGAAUCAUUGAAUACUUACAAGAGAUGACAGGGCAAAGUUGUGAAGACUGGAGGUUUCAGUCACUCUAUAAGAGAUUGGAUCCUGAAGAAAGAGGAAUCACUGUCGAUUUUUCUACCUUUUAUUCUGUCAUGAAAGAUUGGAUUGCAGACUGUCGACAGGAAGGAGAAGAGGCUGCAGACUUGAUGAACAGCAUAAAAGACUUGCAGCAAGGAAACAAGCAGCUAGCAGUGCAAAAUAUCAAGUUGCAGAGGACUAUUGAGACUGCAGAAGAACUCAAUUCAAGACUCUCUGAAGAGAUCUCUGAGCUGAAAGGGAAGCUGAAAAGCACCCAGCAAGCCCUGGACCAAGCUAGAGCUGUGGCAAAUGAAUUAGAAGACCUGAGAUUUUUUUCAAAAAAUCUAGAAGAGGAAAAGAAUAGAUUGUAUUCACAAGUCCGACAGCUAGAAAAAGAACAACAGUUUCUAUCUGUUCAAGUGGAUAAUCUUCAGGAGGAGGUGAGUACGAACAAGAAGUUGCUUCUAGAGAAAGAAAACUCUACAUGUAAAAUCAAAGAGUUAUUUACAAAGAAGGCCAAAAUGAAGUUCCAACUCUGUGAAUAUGAAAACCUUAUUUCCUGCAAAGAUGCUGCCAUUAAUGAGAAAACAAAACAAACUGAAGAGCUGACAGUGAUCCUGGAUGAAUACCGAACAGUGGUAGAGGAAUUGAAAAUGGAAAUCAAGAGGCUUCAAGACCAUUUGUGUCAGGCUUAUCAACUCCCUGACAUGAAUUUGAGAGAUUCCCUACAAAACAUGAAGACUUGCUUUCAGGCUCCUAUGCAGCCGCUCUGCAUGGAGAUUGAAGAAUCACAGAAAGAGUUUGGUGAGAGUAAUCAUUUGCCUAGCCCUUUGUGUGGGGUGUUGCCAUCUUUCAUGAAACAUCCAGUGGUCUUGGAGAACAUUAAUUCCUCAACAGAAGAACUGGAAGUGAACGGAUCAAGAGCAGAUGGUCGCAGAGCAUUACUACAGAGGACCUAUAGUUUGUCUCACCUAACCCUUGUGACAGAUGCUAAACUAAUAUUGAAGAACAAGGAACCUAACCAGAAGCAACAGUAUUUUUCAUCAGAGAUGUUGGGAAGCAAGGAAAAACCAAAACAGAUUGGGGUGACUCCAAACAGAAAUGAGAUCUGGACCUGUUCAUCUAAUAAGGAGACUCAGGUGGCAUUUUCUGCCUUUCCAGAAAUCACAGUAGCCAGCUCAACAGAACUGAGUUCUGAAAGAGCCUUGGAGGAACAAGCUUUAGUCCCAGUUCAUGGUGAGCUAACCCCAGCUAUUGAGAAUCCAGAUGGCACCUUAUUUGAAAUCCUGCUUCAAUGGUUCGGUGAUAUCCCCUUACACGGCUUAUUAUUCAUCUUGCAGAAAUUGUUGCUUCCUGGACUCCUUAUGUGUGUUUCAUUGCUGGCAAUAUUGUUCUUAGUUCUACCCUAUGACCAACAUCCUAACUGGAUUGAACCUAAGGGGCCAAACCCUUGGCCUCAAUUACAAUUACAGUACUUACGGCCACCACCUGUCUAAUCCUAUUCCCUUUCUCAAUUUGUGCAGCCGAAACAUGAUGUCUGGAAAGUGUUAUCACAAAAAUAAAUUUAAAAAUUGCAAGAA